AUGGAGAUCAAGGCCGCUGACGCUGCUACCGCGUCGUCGGUGCUCGUCCCGCUUGUGGCGGGUGACUGGCAGUACCGCUCUCGCCCCGAUCUCGCGCCUCCUCGCCUCAACAUCACCAUCCCCGCAACGGAUGGCGUUGAGCCGGGAUACCUCUUCGUCGCCCCCUUUGCGGGCUUCCCAGACACGCCUACGGAGCAGCAUGGGCCUCGCCAGGCUGCCCCGUACAUUCUUAGAGACAAUGGUGAUUUGGUCUGGUCCGGCUAUGGCAUCUAUAGCAUUUGGUCCACCAACUUCCAAGCCGGGCGUUGGAAAGGCAAGGACAUCCUCUUCAGUUUCGAAGGGGAUCAUAAUGCUGGCUAUGGUCAUGGCCAUGGACACAUUACCAUCAUGGACCAGCAUUACGAGACCAUCCGCGAGCUUCGUGCCGGGAAUCACAAAUUGGUCGACAAGCAUGAGUUUCACAUUGUCAGUGAAGAGACUGGUCUUAUUCAAGUCUACCAACCUGUGCCGCGCGACCUUACAGAAUGGGGUGCCAGUGUCGACCAGCAGUGGAUAGUGAAUGCCAUCAUCCAAGAGCUUGAUAUUGAAACUGGGGAACUCCUCUUCGAGUGGGCAAGUUUAGAUCAUGUCCAGCCCGAUGAGGCCAUACUGCCCAUCAACCCUGGCCAAGCUGGCUCUGGUUACAACAGCUCUGAUGCAUGGGACUACUUCCACAUCAACAGCGUCGACAAGGACGCCAACGGCAACUACCUCAUCUCCGCCCGCGACGCCUGCGCCGUCCACAAGAUCAACGGCUCCGACGGCUCCAUCAUCUGGCGCCUCAACGGCAAGCGCUCCGACUUUGACAUGGCCGAUGGCACGCCGUUCUGCUUCCAGCACCACGCACGCUGGCUCGAGCAGUACGACGACGUCGAGGUCAUCAGCCUCUACGACAAUAGCGCGCACGGCACGGAGCACGGCGGCGGCUCGGAGGUGCACACAGCGCCCACGAGCAGCGGCAAGAUCCUGCGGCUCAACACCACCUCGUGGACGGCCGAGUUGGUCGCUGCAUAUUUCCCUCCCGACGAUCUUCUCUCCAAGUCCCAGGGCAGCACGCAGAUCCUCCCGAACGGGAAUGCGCUCGUCAACUGGGGAUCCGAGGGCGCGCUGACCGAGUUCGCUGCGAACGGCACGCCCAUCUUCCACGCAUAUGUCGACUCGGGCUACCUUGGCCUCGGAGCAGAGAACUACCGCGCCUUCAAGUACAACUGGACCGGCAUCCCCAACGAAGCCCCAGCGAUUGUUGCGCUCGAGGGCGCCAAGGGCACGACGGCCUACGUCUCCUGGAACGGCGACACCGAGACGGCGACCUGGCGCUUCUACGCCGUGACAGACGGCCACGGCUCGCGGGACUUCCUAGGCGAAGUCCGGCGCACCAGCUUCGAGACCAGCCUGCUCAUUGCCGGCGCAAAGGUCACCAGCAUCGCCGCCGAGGCCAUCGACGCCCGCGGCCGGGUACUCGCUUCGACGGCGUCUGUUGGCGUCGAGGCGGAGGUUCUCCCGGCCUCUGCCAAGCUUGACGAGGGAGUUUCCGAGUCAAACGGAAACGAGGCGCAGAAGUCCCUCGACGAGAACAGCAACUGGUACAAGUACGCCGUUCUCAAGGUGAUGCGGCUGCGAGGGGACCUGUAA